AUGCGAAAGCUUAUCCUCAGUCUUUUAUGUUUGCUAUUUUACUUAGGGCCAUCCAGUUCCCAGUCCCAGCUGCCAACUACCUUAGUGCAAGGACAAGAACUCGUAUUUCUAAAAGAAUUAUAUUCAGCUAGUGGAAAAGUUAAAAUCGGAUUCAUCAACUUCAUCUUAGGUGGUCCCAGCUACAUAGGAAUAUGGUACAACGACAAUCGUUUCCGUGAAAACAAUACUGUGUGGGUUGCCAAUGGUGACAAGCCAUCCCAAAGUGCUAGAAGUCUCACCAUCGAUGAUAACGGGGAAUUGAAAAUUAUAAACAGUGGAGAUCUUCCUUUUGUACUGUACUCCGGACAUGAAGCUAGUAAUGUAAGUGCUGUUCUACUUGAUACUUGCAAUUUUGUACUGAGUGAAAUCAGUUCAGGGCGACAAUUGUGGCAAAGUUUUGAUUAUCCUAGUCACGUACUUCUGCCAGGAAUGAAACUUGGAGUAAACCGAAAAACGGGGCAGAGAUGGUUUCUAACAUCAUGGAGAAGCCAGGAGGUACCCGCCUCAGGAAACUUUACCUUUGGCCUCCAUCCUAAUCGUACAGAUCAAUUGGUCAUCUUGUUGCACGGGGACAUCUACUGGACAAGUGGGUAUGUCAACUCAUCUUCAUUUCGCCUAACAAAUUCCAACUACAGUUUUGACUACACAUCGAAUGAGAAUGAAACAUACUUCAGCUACUCUGCUGCGGACAAAUAUUCCCCACAGUUAUCGAUAAAUUACAUGGGAGUACUUUCUGAUGAUAAAGGCGCUAUAGUUAAUUGUACUUCUGAUUCCUCUUAUUUAAAUGAAGGAUGUGUGGCCAAAGUGAAUCUUCAAUGCAGGAGCCUUAAUGAGACAUUUUCUCGAGUUUUCGGUUCAUGGCAUGAUGAUGGAUUCAAGUUUAAUGAAGGUGACAACCUGACCCUUAUGGAUUGUAAGACCAAGUGCUUGAACAAUUGUUCUUGUGUUGCCUAUGCAUCUACAAAUGAAGAGAAUCAAACUGGCUGUGAGAUUUGGAGCACAGGGCCUGGAAUUGCUUCGAUAGAUGCUAGUAAGCGAUGGACAAUAUACUUCCUUGGUAAAAAUACUAUUGGUAGUAUUAUUGAAAAUAUGUUUGCCCUUGUAGAAAAAAUCGUAGCAAACGGUUAUCAAAAAAAGAAAAACGUAGCAAACAGGCGGCUGAACAGGUGGUGGAUAUGGCUAAUCAUGGCAGUAGGGGCAAUUAUUAUCUCGUUGUUGUGCUUCUUAGGCAACGCAAAAUGGAAAAAAUGCAGAGUGGAAGGGGAGAGAAAAAAGAAACAAAAAUUGCUCAUACAAGAAAUUGGAGGUAAUGCAAUACCUUCCACGGUACAUGACAAAGUGAAGAAACAAAAUAAAGAUGGACAAGCUAGACAUGAGUUGCAAAUCUUCAGCUUUGAAAGCAUUUCUGUAGCUACAAAUAAUUUCUCAACUGAAAAUAAAUUAGGAGAAGGUGGCUUUGGACCAGUUUAUAAGGGUAAAUUAUCUGAUGGACCAGAUAUAGCAAUAAAAAGACUUUCAAGAAGUUCUGGGCAGGGAUUAGUAGAGUUCAAGAAUGAAGUGAUUCUUAUUGCCAAGCUCCAACACACUAAUCUUGUUAGGCUUUUAGGGUUUUGCAUUCAAGAAGAAGAAAAACUACUAAUCUAUGAGUACAUGCUCAACAAAAGUUUAGACUUCUUCCUCUUUGAUUCUACAAAAAAGUAUUUAUUAAGUUGGAGGACACGCUUCAACAUAAUUGAAGGCAUUGCUCAAGGACUUGUUUAUCUCCACAAAUAUUCAAGACUAAGAGUAAUUCACCGGGAUUUAAAAGCAAGAAACAUUUUGCUUGAUGAGAAGAUGAAUCCGAAAAUAUCUGAUUUUGGCAUGGCAAAAAUAUUUGGGUCGAAAGGAUUAGAAGAAAACACAAACAGGGUUGUUGGAACAUAUGGUUAUAUGUCCCCGGAGUAUGCAAUGAAUGGUGUUGUUUCGAUAAAAACCGAUGUAUUCAGUUUUGGGGUUCUACUAUUAGAAAUCAUUAGUGGCAAGAAAAACAAUAGUCGCUAUCACUUUGAGGAUCCACUCAACCUUAUAGGAUAUGCAUGGCAAUUAUGGAAUGAAGGUAAAAGUUUGGAGCUAAUAGACCCAACAAUACUAGAGGAAUCACGGCCUCCAUUUGAAGCAUUGAGAUGCAUUCACAUUGGUCUCUUUUGCGUACAGGAUCAGGCAAAGGAUAGACCCACCAUGCCAGAUGUUGUUUCUAUGCUUUCAAAUGAAACUCUUAAACUAUCUUCUCCAAAACAACCUGCAUUUUUUACCAGCAUAAUUGCAGAAGACUUGGGGGUUUUAGAAAUUAAGCCAAAAAACUAUUCCAUAAAUAGUGUCACAAUUUCUGUGAUGGAAGCCAGAUAAAUACUAA